AUGCUUGUGACUUUGAGAUCCCAUUCAAAGGUUUCAGAUUACAGCUUGUUGAUCUUUGCAGUUACUAAAUUCCACCAGCACUUGAUUGCAGAUCUUGUUUCGGUAGAUGCUUGUAGAGUUAAAAGUUGCAAUGAAUAUGAAUAUGAAUUUAUCCAAAGAAUUAUUAAAGAGAUAUCAAGUAUUAAAUCAAAUCAAAUGCAAUUACCUAUUGCUAAAUAUCCAGUUGGAGUAGAACCUCAAGCAGAAGCCAUAGAAUCGCUUUUAGAUAUGGAGUCCAAGGGUGUUUGCAUGGUAGGAAUCUAUGGUCUUGGGGGAGUGGGUAAGACUACGCUCUCAAUAGCUGUUUAUAAUAGAAUUGUUGAUCGUUUUGAAGGAAGUUGCUUUCUAGAAAACAUUAGAGAAAAAUCAAAGACAGAUGUUGGCAUUACCCAAUUACAAGAGACGCUUCUUUUCAAGAUCUUACAAGGUAGAAAUGAUAAGGUGACUAGUGUACGCGAAGGAAUCACUAUGAUAAAAGAAAGGCUCCACAGUAAGAAAGUUCUUUUAAUUCUUGAUGAUGUGGAUCAAUCAAAAGAGAUAGAAAAUCUACCUGGGGAUUGUAAUUGGUUUGCUUUAGGAAGUAAAGUCAUUAUAACAACAAGAGACAAAGAAGUUCUAGAUCUUGGAAGAGAUCCUCAAAUAAGAACUUAUGAGGUUAACAAAUUGACUCCAUGUGAAGCUCAUGUUCUUUUCAAUGUGCACGCCUUCGGAAAAACUGAACCCAAGCAAGAAUAUUCAAGUCUUGCAGAGCAAAUUAUAUCCUCAGCCGAUGGCCUUCCAUUAGCUCUAAAAAUAAUGGGUUCUAAUUUGUAUGACAAAAGCAUAGAUGAAUGGGUAUGUGCAUCCGAAAAGUAUAAGAAGAUUCCACAUGAAAAAAUUCUAGAUAAACUCAAGAUAAGUUAUUAUGGAUUGGGAGAAGUAGAAAAGGAUAUUUUUCUUGAUAUUGCAUGUUUUUUUAAGGGAUUUAACAAGGACAAAGUUGUGAAUAUAUUAGAUGCUUGCAAAUUAUAUCCAAAUUUGGGUAUUAAAAAACUCAUUGAUAAGUGUCUCAUAACUGUUGACGUAUAUGGCAUAUUGUGUAUGCAUGACUUGUUACAACAAAUGGGUAGGAAAAUCGUUCAACAAGAAUCUAAAGAGCUUGAAAAUCGUAGCAGGAUAUGGUGUCAUGAGGAUGCUUAUAAAUUGCUAAUUGAAAACAUGGUAUAA